AUGAUUUACGUCAAAAAGAUGAUUGGAUCUAUAAGCAGUGCUUUUAAACGAGAAAUCAGGAUUUCAAACCCGGGAAGCUUACGUCGUUACUCCAAUGCUAUUAGUGUUCAACAGUGGUGUCAAUUCGAUUAUUUUUUUGAGUCUAAACAAGGACAUAAUUGUGGCAGCUCGCAAGCUGCUCCAGAAGAACACCGUGGUACAUAUAAUUACCCUUACCUGACUUUUCCUAAUUUUAAACGGCAUGUGUCAGAGACCGGCGAAAUCAUUGUUGACUUCUUUAGCCUUACUUCCACUUUAUGCCAGAAUAAUUUUCUCCUGCAAUCCAGAACAAUUCCACACACAAUUCAACACAAGUAUACCGAUUAUAUGAGUCCUUAA